UUUUGAAACCCUUUUCUCCGCCUGAAGAUUUGCUGCAAAGAAAUGUGAUGGGUUUAGGAGCUGUGUUUGCAGCAUUCUACUCUACCCAAAUCUGAAAGGGUUUUAACGACUCUGAGAAUGGAGAAGUACGAAUUCAUUGAAAAACUUGGUCAUGGUUCAUAUGGGUGUGUUUGGAAAGCGAUCCACAGGCUAUCUGGUGAAACUGUUGCCAUCAAGAUUCUUAAGAAGAAUUAUUCUUCGGGGGAUGAGUGUCUUAACUUGCGUGAGGUGAAGUCGUUAAGGAGAAUGGCCAAUCAUCCGAAUAUUGUUCAACUCAAGGAACUAGCCCUAGAAAAUAACGUAGCGUUCUUAGUUUUUGAGUGCAUGGAAUGCAAUCUCCACCAAGUUAUGAAAGCCCGUGGAAAUCGGAUUUCCUCUGAAUCUGAAGUCAAGAAUUGGUGUUUUCAAAUCUUUCAGGGUCUUGCUUACAUGCAUAAGCAAGGAUACUUUCACCGCGACUUAAAGCCAGAGAACUUAUUGGUUAGACAUAACACGGUCAAAAUUGGUGAUUUGGGUCUUGCUCGAGAGAUCAAUUCAAAACCACCUUACACUGACUAUGUCGUGACUCGUUGGUAUCGGGCACCGGAACUGCUACUCCGUUCGAGCUUGUAUGGUUCUAAGGUUGAUAUGUGGUCAUUGGGCGUUAUUAUGGCCGAGUUAUUCACUUUUACUCCUCUUUUUCGUGGUAAAAGUGAAGCUGAUCAGAUGUACAAUAUAUGCAGGAUAAUUGGCAGUCCGACAAAGAUGUCUUGGCCUUAUGGAAUUGAUCUUGCAAGGAAUAUCCGCUAUCAAUUUCCAGAAUUUGGCGGUAUGGACCUGUCUCAACUCAUACCAACAGCAAGUAAAGAUGCACUUAGUCUUAUCAAAUCACUCUGUUCUUGGGAUCCAUGCAAGAGGCCUACUGCUAUAGAAGCACUUCAACAUUCAUUCUUUAAUAGUUGCUACUCUAUUCCAUCAACUAUUCCUUGUGAAGCACCUAGUGCCUUGAAAUGCAGAAACUUUGCAAGCAGAGCAGCAGUAAGCAGACAGCAGAAAAGGGACUGCAAGCAAAAACUACAAUUUGAGGCUGAGCAACAAUGAAGCACCGCCAUAAGUAAAGGAAGAGAAUGCUGCUUUUAACCAACCUGUAAAAUCUUAGUUAAAGAAAAUGUCAAGAAUAUCAGUUUAUGACAACGGGCAGUAGACACAGAAGCAUCAUCAAGAGAAUUUGGUGGUUGCAAUUAGCCUCACUAAAUCAUCACUUUGUUCUUGGAGGCCUACUGCUAAAUCGGGGGAUGGAGUCGAAUGAAUUGUAUUCUCACCAUGCUUCAUCACUUGCUUUACAUUCCGUAACAGAGUCUUGUGUAAUGCCUUCAUGGCAACAAUUUUCU